AUGUCCACUCCCAGCGCCAUCCCCGCCCCCGCAACCGGGGCGACUCCCGCAUCCAACACCACGGACGAAACGACGCCGCUCCUCUCCGGAAACGCCGACGACAAUGGCAUCAACGACGCUUCCGCCGCCGAGGCCCAGGAACCCGGCCCCUCGUCGCCGGCGGCGAUCCAAGCCUCCAUCCUCAGGAGCGCAGUGCUGCCCACUUGGAUCCUCCUCAUCGCUUCCAGCAUUACCCUAAUCCUCAGCAUCGCCCUGUUUAUCUUAAACGGGUUCUGGCCCAGCGGUUAUUACCAGGGCUACUGGUUAGACUACUGGAAACCAGUAGCUGUAUCCGCCUUCUUCUCCGCCUUUUUGGCCAUCGUCAACCUUUAUUCCAUCCGCGCCUCCAAACCUCCCGGCAUUCUUUUCAACAUAUUAGUUCACCUUGUUCUGGGAUUCGUAGCCAUCAACACUGUGACGAUGGCUGGUAGUGAAUUGGACCCGUCCAGGCCCCGGUGUACGGAUGGGGACGACGAGUGUUUCCGUUUCCGGCUUGCCUGGUUGAUUGUGAUGUCUGCCACUUUCAUAAGCGGCGUCGUUUUUAGCUGGCUUACCCAUCCCGGUCUAUUGAUCUUCUGGUUCAUCAAGGCGAGAAAUGCCUACGGCAACCCCGGCCGUCGCCAGUGGACUGUUCCCGCCGGCGUUCUCACCUUUGAGUUCUCUAUCAAGUUUCUAAGACAGACUCCUGACGGUUCCGUUCCGCCCGUUCUGCCCGCUACCCAGGAGUCCCAGGUGGCUUGA